AUGGGGAAUUGUUUGUUUGGAGGAGUUGGAGAUGGAAAUGAAGAUAUAGUCAAAGUAAUAACAUCAACAGGUGGUAUCAUGGAAUUCUUAGCUCCGAUUACAGUAGAGUCAAUCACUGAAGAAUUUCAAGGACAUGGCAUUUUUAGAAGCCAUGAUUUGUUUUGGAAGCCAUUACCAGCACAAGAAGUAUUACUAGCAGGACAAUCUUAUUAUCUUCUGCCGCUCAACAAAGAACAGUAUAGUAGCAGCAAUAUUAUUACUGAGAAUAUUGAUAAUGUUAUGGCUAAAAUAGAAAUAGGACAUGUUAGGUCAAACAGCGUGCCACUUCCUCCUCAAAUCCAAAACCUAGUAGUUGCUCCUUAUAGAAUGUCAUUUGAUAGCCAAGGAUUAUUAAAAAGAUCUUAUACAGAAGCAUUGUAUCGAUAUAGCAAUAGCAAUAGCAAUAGCCGCAGCAGUCACAGUCAGAGAAAGAAGAGGAGCAGUGGUGGUGGUUUUUGGAAAGUGAAAUUGGUGAUAAGUCCUAAACAAUUAUUGGAGAUUUUGUCACAAGAAACUGCCACUCAAGAGUUGAUUGAGAGUGUGAGAACUGUAGCCAAAUGUGGUAAAAGUGGAACCUCUUCUUCUGCCAGCUCCGUCGGCUUUUCCGAUCAAUGGAGUCUCUCCAGUAGUAGAAAUGCUUCCUCCUACAAAGAUGCCUUAUUUUCAUCAGAUUAG